AAGAAUGCGCUGCUAAUCCUCUGCCGCGACGCUCGCCUGCCGCGCAGGUCUGAUCGUCAGGCAACACGUGACGCGAAAUUUCCACUCCGGUAAUUCCGCGUAGGCUGAGGGGAGGGUCUUCCACGCCGAUCUGCAGGAGCCUUUACUCACGAGGCAUCUGUAAUAUCGCCGCUGGACUCUGACUCUAUUGAAAUAAAGUUCGCCGGAGGAGCUGAGGCGGCGUGGUCAGAAAGUAGCUAUAACAUAUUCUUCGGUCUCAGCCUCACCAUAUACGGGGCUUGGGAAUAUUACGUGAACCACUCCGUCUUCGCCCUCGGAGGAAAAGAUGAUGACAUAACGCUACCACCAGGAGAGUAUUCCUACAACUUUAACUUAACAUUACCUGAGGAAUCGCCAUCCUCCUUUGAGGGAAAAUAUGGACAUGUGAGGUACACAGUAAAAGCCAAAAUUGUUCGAGCCUGGAGAUCCAACUAUGAAGUGAAAGUGGCUUACACAGUUUUAAACGUCAUAGAUUUAAAUACCCUUCAUUACGUACAGACGCCGGUACAGGCUGAGAAGAAGAAGUACCUGUGCUGCUUGUGCUGCAAGUCGGGGCCCGUGAUUUUAGCGGCUCAACUCCCCUUCACGGGUUACGUCCCUGGUCAGCGUGUCCAGCUGCUUCUGGAGGUGGUCAACAAAUCCACCGACGAGUUACCCGUCAAGUGCAAACUUGUUCAGAAAACUGUAUAUGUCUGCACUCCUACAAAUGUCAACUCCUGUACAAGCAGAAAGACAAAGACCAAAGAGGUGGAGAGCGUUGUGGAGACAGAAGAGCUUGGUGUUGUGGACAUAAUGGGUUCAAAGGACUUUCAGUCGAGCAUGGUCAUUCCGCCUCUCCCAGCAUCAUUUUUAAAUCCUUGCAAGUGCAUAUAUGUCUCAUAUUUUCUUCAGUUUGUAGGUGAAAUCCAAGGCUUUCACCUACCCGCAAUUUUAAAUGUUCCAAUAGUGAUUGGUACGAUUCCUUUGAGAGAUCAGUUCCAAAAUAUUUUGGCCACUGACAUGCAAGUUCCAUCGUCACCUGCGGCACCAGGAGACGUCACCAAUCCUUCAGCUCCAGCAGUCUCCAAUUACCCUGAUCUGCCCCUUCCCCUGUUCGAAGAAUGUGUCUCCGCAGCAGCAGAUAUUCGCGCUGAUGACGACAGCAAAGAUCUGCAAGGGAACACGCAAUUCACACCUCGAUACCCUACGUAUCGAUUCCAUGCUGAUGCAGUGGAGGAAGAAGAAGAGGAGGAGGAGGAGGAAGUAGGAGAAGAGGAGAAAGAAGGAGAAGAGGAGGAGCAAGUAGGAGAAGAGGAGCAAGAAGAAGAGGAGUAAGAAGAAGAAGAGGAGCAAGAGGAAGAAGAGAAAGAAGGAAAGAAAUCAUUUUCCCCCGGUCGCUCUCUGACCUCUGUCGUUGGCCGUUGGGGCCGGAUGCACCGUCCCCUUCAGACGAAAUGACUGGCUUUGUGGUCACCUGCGGACACUUUCGUAUUGCAUGUGAAACGUGGCAACUGUUGUGAAUCUUUUGUGAUUUAAGGUGGAUUAUUGUGAAGGGCGAUUUAGUGUCUUGUGCGCAACUCAUUCAGAAGGUUUUAGUUAAUUCCCAUCUGGGCGAUUUAACCGCAACCGUUGACAUGAUGUACACUAAUGUACAAGCAAUUUUUUAUGUAUUUCUUUUCUACAUGUUUAAUUCUACACUUUUUCAGUGAUUUAAACUCCGAUAAAUAAUUAUAUAGGUUAGAUGUCCGCAUAUAUUUUUCAGGUAAAUAAUAUUACCCAUAAUAUAAGACAAUAACUUAUGUUUACUAUAUUUGAAUAAAUAGUAUACAAUGUAAAAAGAAGUGAAUUGUAAAGGGAGAAAUAAUUGUUUACGGUAUGGGGGAUGGAAAGUGUUCGUAGGUAAACGUGAACAUAUUUGAUAAUUUGGAAUAUAAUUUUGUCUUGUGAAAAUGGUCCAGGAGGUAUUCUUGACAUUCUAUUUAUUUUUUUAAGGUUUAUUGAUAUGAAUCAGCAAAUGAUAAAAUUAUUUGUUACUUGUUUCGAGACUGUUUGGACUAAUUUUCAAGACAAAGAAAUAGAAUGAAAGUAAAUAUAUCGAGUUAAAAAUGUAGGAAUAAAAUGUUCACAGUGAGUAUAUAAAGAAUAAGAGUAAAAUUCUUAUAAAUAUUGUUGUAAACGACGAGGGCUAGAAACAAUGUACACAUGAUAUUGUACCAAGUGGAUGCCAACACUUCACACAAUAUACACAAAUGCUAGUACUCAUCUCACAUACGUUGGAAGUAUAAAUGUACAUAAUAGAAUGUAAUAUACGAAGAUUUGUCCAUGGAGGAGGGCGAUGUCACAAAGAAACAAAUACUAAAACAGUUUCAUAAUGGAUUAACAUUUGUUUGAAACUAUUAGUAUUUUGCAUUCCUAUUUUAUAUGUAGUAGUAUUUGUAGCCUUCGCGCAAUUUUUAGUAGAAUGAGCAAUAUUAAAA